AUGAGCUACGACAUCACACAUCAACACGUCAAUCACGUCACCUCUAACCAUCUCUUCCAGGCACGACCAGCCACUCGUCGCAACGUCACGAACGAGAAUGACGAAAACGCGGGAACGACACGUCUGACGCGCGCCAAGGCUGCCGCGUUGACGUCGUCGCACGAGGCCUCUGCUGCCGACCCCCCAAAGAAGGCCCCAACCAAGAAGACCACGGCCGGUACUACGGCUACUCGCAAGAGGAACGCGCUGGGUGAUGUCACGAACGCGAAGGGUGAGGUUGCCGAUGCGAAGGGCGGAAAGGAGGGCAAGGAGGCCAAGAAGCCGUUGACGGCUAAGCGUGGUGCCGUCGCUCAGGCUGCUGCUCCCACUGGCGUCACGAAGGCUUCUAAGACGACGACGCGUUCGGUUCUCGGUCCCAAGGAGAAGGCUCCGAUCAAGCGCCCUGUUAGCAGUACUGCUACUGUUGGUGGCGCGACCAAGAAGCGCGUCACGACCGCGACCAAGGAGACGAUCAAGGAGGAGGAAGCCCCCGCCAGCGAGAAUGUCGCUCCCACGAAGCAGACUCUGAAGUCCAAGACGGAGGUCAAGGUUGCUGAACCGAUUGUCGAAGCCCCCGCCAAGCCUGAACCCGCUCCUACCAAGGCCGUUCCCGAAGUGAAGGAAAUCCUGAACGAGAAGUACGACGAGGUUCCCGAGAUCCCUGACCUGGAUGAGGAAGACGCCAAUGACCCUCUGAUGGUGUCUGAGUACGUGUGCGAAAUCUUUGAUUACCUGAAGGAAUUGGAGAUCGCCACCAUGGCCAACCCCGACUACAUGGACAACCAGUCUGAGCUUGAGUGGAAAAUGCGUGGUAUCCUGGUCGACUGGCUGCUGGAGGUCCACACUCGCUUCCGCCUUCUCCCGGAGACCCUCUUCCUGGCCGUGAACAUCAUCGACCGUUUCCUCUCUCGCAAGGUGGUCCAGCUCGACCGUCUCCAGCUCGUCGGUGUCACUGCCAUGUUCAUCGCUUCCAAGUACGAGGAGGUCCUGUCGCCUCACGUUCAGAACUUCCGUCACGUCGCUGAUGAUGGCUUCACUGAGGACGAAAUCCUGAGUGCUGAGCGUUUCGUCCUUGCUGCGCUGGACUACGACCUGAGCUAUCCCAACCCGAUGAACUUCCUCCGCAGGAUAUCCAAGGCCGACAACUACGACAUCCAGACGCGUACGCUUGGCAAGUACCUGCUGGAAAUCAGCUGCCUCGACCACCGUUUCAUCGAGUACCCUCCCAGUCAGAUCUCUGCCGCCGCCAUGUACCUGUCACGCCUGGUUCUCGACCGUGGUGAGUGGGAUGCCGUCCUUGCUCACUACGCCGGUUACACCGAGGAGGAGAUCAAGCCUGUCCUUGACCUCAUGAUCGACUACCUCAAGGCACCCGUCGUCCACGAGGCCUUCUUCAAGAAGUACGCCAGCAAGAAGUUCCUCAAGGCCUCGAUUGUCCUUCGCCAGUGGGCCAAGAAGUACUGCGUGGAGCCGGCCAGCACGUCGAAGGAGGCGAAGCCUAGCAAGCUUCCCAAGGCCGUGUAA